UUCGUUACUCUCUCUCUCACUCACCAAUAAAACUUUCACUAAGAUUUUCUCUCUCUCUACCUCUUUCCUCUCUCACUCUUUCUCUGUCGGCGAUGCAGAGGCUUUCGAUAGACUCAUCAGUUUCGAAGCUUCAUCAUAGCUACGGAGGACGGAAGGACGACACAUACGAUCUCGAUGACUUAAAGCGGAAGGAGUCAUCGUCACUCUCCUCUCCUCCUCCUCUUCCUCCUUCUUCAUCCGUAGCAGAUUACGACGAUCACGACCUCAAGGACUUUAAACCCCGACGGCUAUCGCUGCAGCAAUCGUCGACGCAUCAGAAUGGAGAGAAGUUCGUUCACUUCAUCCCCGUCCUCACUCUUAUCUGUUUCAUCAUCCUCUACCUCUCUUCUCACUCUCCGUCGCAAUCAGAUUUAGCUCAGUUUAGCGGAUUCAUGCGUCAUUCAAAGCAUAUAGAAUCCGAAGAAGACGGCGAAAUCUCGAGGUUGAUGAUCAGUGCCGACGCUCUGUCUAUCCGUAGUAGCGUAAGGAAGUUAAAAGAGACGGAAUCGGAAUCGCUUCCCCGUCGCCGAACUUCUCACCGGAAAAUAGCCGACUUCUAGCCUUUUUUUUAUUAUUAUUCAUCGUCUUCUUCGUCUAGAAUAAUUAAUUAUCUUCGUGACUUGCAUGUUGAUUUGUUCGUUCAAACUCAAAUCGCGUUAUUCUUCUGUGAAACAAAAA